UCCAUGCAGGUGCUGACGAAGAGUAUAUCUACAUGAACAAAGUCAUUGUUACUGAUGACAGAUCAGAUGCCCUGGUCAAUGGAAAAGCAGCAAAAUAUGUCCCUGUCCCAAAGAAGAGCCUCCCUGACUUGCCGCCCCCCAGAGCAGGUGUGCUGAGUCGAGAGCCGUUCCCCUUACCUCCAGUUCCUGCUCCCGCCUGUUUAGACCCUUCAGAGAGCUACUAUGAGGAGGCUCAGCCCUACGAGGAAACUUUCAAUGAUCUGGACUGUUUUGGCCUCUCAGGGCCCUGGAUGCGAGUGCACAGCUCUGACAGUGUGAUCUAUGCUGUUAUCAACAGGGAUGACGGGGAUGCAGUUAGCAGCUCGUACGAGUCCUACGAUGAGGAAGAGGUGACCAAAGGAAAGUCAGAGUCAGCGCAGCACCAGUGGCCGUCAGCGGAGGCCUCCAUUGAGCUGAUGAAGGACGCUCGGAUCUGCGCCUUCCUGUGGAGGAAGAAGUGGCUCGGACAGUGGGCCAAACAGCUGUGUGUCAUCAAAGACCAUCGCCUGCAGUGCUAUAAGAGCUCCAAGGAGCAGACGCCUCUCCUGGAUGUGAGUCUGCUGGGCUGCAGUGUGGUCUACAAGGAGAAACAGAUGAAGAGGAAAGAGCACAAAUUAAAAAUCGUUCCAGUUGGAGGGGAGGCCAUCGUGCUCGGCCUGCAGAGCAAGGAGCAGACGGAGCAGUGGCUGAAGGUGAUACAGGAGAUCAGUCCUAAGCCAGCUGAAAACUGUGAUGCACAGCACUCACAGUCUGACUCCCCAAGGCUCAUUUGUACAAAGGGAGAAUUGAGUGAGAGAUACUCAGUGGCUUCAGAGAGUGGAAGCAGCACUGACAGCCAUGCUGACACUCCCGAAAACAAAGAUGUGAAAAGAAAAUAUGGAGCAGGGUUGAAGUUUAGCAACCUCAUGAACAUUGGCAAGAAAAAACCCUCUUCGUUGGAGAGCCCAGAGAAAUGUGUGGACACCUCAGGCUACCUCAACGUGCUGGUGAACAGCCAAUGGCGGACCUGCUGGUGUCUUGUAAAGAAGGGGCAGCUAUGGUUUUACCAUGACAAGAGCAAGAACAAAGUGAGCCAGCCAGCAGUGAGUCUGGGGGGCUGCAGGGUCCUGCCCGACCCCAUCCCCGAGCACCUGUACUCCUUCAGGAUCAAUAUGGAUGGCAGUCAGCUGGCCACCCUGGAGGCUAAAACGUCCGCAGACAUGGGCCACUGGCUGGGCCUCCUGCUGUCCCAGACGGGGAGCAAGACGGACCCCGAGGAGCUGACAUACGAUUACGUUAACGCUGAGAGGAUCUCCAGCAUCGUCAACGCUGCCAAGACUUCCUUAUACUUUAUGCAGAGGAGGUAUUCAGAGCCAAACAACUACAUAGACACCCCCCCCUCCAUGCCUCACAACUCUGAUGAACUGUAUGAUGAUGUGGCGUCUAUAGCUGAUCCAGAGGAUGCUGAAGAGUAUGUCCUGCCAGAGAGUGAGGACAACAAUCCUCAGGAACAAUUUGAGACAUGCACACAGGACAGCAAGGACUCAGAGGGAACAGAGCAGGACCCUGACAACAGGAUUUACCUGGACCUGGUCCCUGUACGCUCCUUCCUCCAUACGUCCUGCGGGGGUAAAGCCCUCCCUGCCAGAGAGACUUCUAGAGAGUCCCCAGUCCCAGUAGAGGACCCAGCAUCUCAAAUAAAAGAGGCCAACUCAACUAGCCACACAGAGCCAGAUUCAUCAUCUGUGGUAAAUGGAACAAGUUUGACCUCUAUAACCAGCAAACCAGAACCAGAACUACCCCAGACUCCCCCUCCACCUCAGCCUCAACCAGUCAAGUCCUCGUCCCAGAGCCAGGAGACCCCCAAGAGGAAUAGUGUGGGAAUCUCACAGGCAUUCACCUCCCCUGGGGUUCAGAUCAAUAAAGGUCAAACGGUUUCUACUGGACUCCCCCACAGUCCUGUCCCCCUGCGGCCCAAGGCACAUACCAUAGGGUGUCCCGGUGCAGUGGAAGGGAAACUGGGCAAGAACCGCACAGAGGCAGAUAUGCGGCGCUACAUCGAUGAGCGCGACCGCCUGGAGCGAGAGCGGGAGGAGGUGAGGAGCAGUCUGGGAAACCUGAAGAAAGAGAGGAGGGAAACCAAAGAGGAGCUCAGCGCCUGCCAAGAUCCAAAGCAGCAGGCCUCAUUAGAAGCCCGAUUGAAGCAGAAGGAGGAGGCGUGUCGGGAGGCGGAGAACCGCAGGGUGGAGGUGGAGCUACGGUUGAUGGAAGUAAAGGAAAGUCUGAAGAAGGUGGAGUCAGGGCCGUUCACACUGGGGACCACACUGGACAGCAGCCUCCAGGACUCACCUAUGCCUAAAGCAGCAACCCUGCCUGCUCUACAGUCGACAUCAUCAUCCCCAUCACCUUCAUCCCAACCCCACAACAGCAACACCAGUGCAGACCCAGGAUCCCCAGUCAACUGUGCAUCUGCACUAAAGAGCAGACCUGCUUCCAUCAUGGCCACCAAAGGAAAAGUCCUGCAGAAAGCCAUGGAGUGGGAGAAGAAAUCCACCACCUAGAGGGAAACAUGAUGACCUUUUUGAACUCUCAAAUCAACAUUCUCCCUACUCCCUCUGGAUUCCUCAUCAACUUCUUGCCAAGACUAUAAAUCAGAGAGCCAAUCAGAGGGAUGUCUUCUCAAACACCACUGGAUAAUCUGAGUUUUAAUGACUUUUUCAUGGUUGUUUUUCUCCAUUUGCUCAAGGGAGGACAUUGAUGAAGUAGCGUUUUGGCCAGUCCAACAAUUGUUCUUGAUGAUGAUGCACGAAUGAAAACAGCCAAACAUUUUAAACCACUGAGACCCUCUACUUAAUUGGCAAUGUUGUACACUCUAGAUUGUAGCUUGGUUCAUAUAUGCUGUUAGCCAAGAUGUAAAUAUAUUUACGCCAUUAUUCAGCCUAAUUUGGCUUGUAUUGCUAGCUAAAAAUGCACUUUUUAUUCAAAUAAAAAUGUACUGACAACAAUGUUGGCUGGUAA